GCUCUUCCGUCGAAGAAGAGCGGGCAGAGCGGUGGUGCAGAUCAGGUAGAGCAUUGGAGCAGAUUGGGCAGGGAGGCUUUGGGCUUUAAACGGAAUUACAGCUCACUCGGGCUAAACAAGGUCCCUCCUGACGGGUGUCUGUAGAAAGUACAGAAGACAUAAAAAGCAUUAUUCUACUAAGAAACCAUGGGCAAUCCAAGGAUGUGUUAACACGUAACCCCAUAAAUACCCCAAGUGGGUAACUCAUUUUAGAGAUUGAGUAGUGCACACAGAUGAGCCAUGGACGCAGGUGUUGUGGACAAUCCCGUGACACUGGUGAUCAGAGCACCGAACCAGAAGUACGGAGACCAGACCAUCAACUGCUUCCAGAACUGGACUGUGGAGAAGCUCAAGGCCCACCUGUCUGAUGUGUACCCCAGCAAACCUAGCUGCAAAGACCAGAGGCUGGUCUAUUCUGGGAAGCUGCUUCUGGAUCAUUUCACAUUAAAGGAUGUGCUGCGAAAGCAGGACGAGUACCACAUGCUGCACCUGGUGUGUGCCUCUCGGACCCCCCCUGAGUCCCCGAGGCCCAGCAGCUCCAGCAGGCCCCAGUCCCAGCAGAGCCCUGGCCCCACGAGCUCAAAUAGCUCCAGUCCUCUUCAGAAUGGCCAGUCUUCACCAGAAACGAGCGAUGGACUCAGGCAGCGCCCCCCCUACCCCUAUCCACACAUGUACCCUGGGUUCAUGCACAGCUGGCCCCAGAUGCCCCAGAUGCCCUCUCCUCCCACACUGACCCCAGUCUAUUACCACCCCAUGAGCCUGAUGUGGUGGCAGCAGCUCUAUGCUCAACAGUACUUCAUGCAUUAUCACUUGAUGGCAGCCUCACAGCACAUGAGACCAGACCAGACCACGCCUCAGUCCAAUCAGGGCAGCUCCCAAAACCAGAGAGCUCAGGCCGAUCGCCAUGGAAACCCAGAGGUGCAGAUGAAUGCUCAGGGCGGGGAGGUCCUGAAUGAUGAGGAUCUGAAUCGGGACUGGCUGGACUGGGUCUACACCUUCUCCAGAGCCGCCAUCCUCCUCAGCAUUGUCUACUUCUACUCUUCUUUCAGCCGAUUCGUCAUGGUCCUGGUUGCCAUGGUGGUGCUCUACCUGCAGCAAGCUGGGUGGUUUCCAUUCAACUUGGACAAUGAUCUUCCCGGUGACAGGCCAAACCAGGACGAAGGAGAGGGAGAGCCACAAAAUCAAGACUUGCCAGAAAUGGACGGUGCUGGUGAAGACGGCUCAGAUGACGAUGGAGACAGUGGAGCGGAGGGGGGUGAAGAUCCAGACAGUGGUCCCCAAAAUGGCUUCCUGUCCUCUACAUGGUCCUUCAUCAUCACCUUCUUCAUGUCUCUAAUCCCAGAGGGCCCUGCCAACGCUGCUAACUGAACACCCAGCCUCUGAUACUGGAAGAAAUGCCUCUAAAUCUUAAGUGUGAGGGGACACUGGUUCCCCAUUGACAAAACAGAUGGCCGACAUUUUGCUGAGCGGAUGGGAACUGGCUGCGUGGCUUUAAGGACUGUUAGUGAUGCCUUGUAAUUCUAGAUGACAAUAGUGUGCCAAUACGGUGUCAUUUUGAAAGUUUUGGGGCAGCAGGCACGAGAUUUUGUUAAGGAUUAUUUAAGUACGUAUUUUUAAUUUCUAUAAUCUGCAGCUGCAGUAUUUGCUGGAAAGUUCUGUUUUUGAUUGACAGGUUUUGAAACACUUUAUAGCCAUUUUAAUUGACAUGAUUUACACAAGUACUUUGCAGGAAGUUUGAAGUGACAGGUUUCACAAAAGAAACACAAAAGAAACUACAAAUUCUGAGAGCAAAAAUCUAUCUUGCAGUGGUUAAGAUUAUUUUCGCUGACUGCGUUUUCAAUCUUUUGUUAUGUUGCACAGUCCAAUAUAUUCAGUCAUGUUGCACUUUUUACACUAAUUAUCUAAAACUAACAAAUAUUGUCUGAGUUUGUGUUAUUGAAGGUGGUUUUCAGAAAGUGAAAUGACAAGAUCCAGAUUUUUAAGCCUGUAAAAUCUGAGAGAAGAAUUGAUUUUCCCUUUACCUGUGGAGAGGAAAGAAGUUUGUGUGAAAAUAGGCCAGUGUCCUGAAAAAAGUUUUGACUGUGCUCUGUGGUCAGGAGCAGGGUCAAUGCUACAGAGGCGAGUUUGUACAAAUGCCUGUGUAUGUUCCUCAAAUAUGCUGUGAACAAUAAUAACAUUGUUUAUUAAACUUAAAUUAAUGGAAUUU